AGUCGUCAGGUUAAAAUGUUUAUAUAAGCGCGAGUUCAAGCCGUUCGAGAAUUGUCAGGUGUAGAUCAAGUUAUAAAUCACUGGUGAACAUUCAGAGGAAAUUCCAAUGUACAAGAAUUGAAUCACUGCUAAGGGUCGCUACACACACAUCUCUGGAAUCAUGGCCUUAAAGGGUCAGCUUUGUGUUAUAUUAACUACGCUUCUACUAAUUCAGUGCCAAGGAAAAAGUACUAAAAAAGAGAAUAUAGAGCAACACAAAGCAGUUCAAACGUCCGGAGCAGAAAGGACGGGUUCAAUUGCGGGAGAAUUAUCAGAAAUAAGUGAAGAAAGAAGAGAGGCUGAACCGCCACAGUUCGGGCUUUGGGGAAAACGCCAAGUAGAAAGUCCAAUAGAAGAUCCACAGUUCUUUGAUAAAAAAGCGAACUCUUUCGGUUUAUGGGGCAAACGAGGAAAUGGUGUAGGACUAUGGGGAAGAUCCGCUGAUUCGUGGAGUAAAAGACAGGACUCAGGACUUGGACUAUGGGGAAGAUCCGCCAAUCCAGGUAAUGCCGUAGGAUUGUGGGGUAAAAGACAGAGAGGCGGCGGCAGACGCGGGCUUGAUGCGAAAAGAUACGCCAAUCCAGGUGACGGUGUCGGACUUUGGGGCAAAAGACAACAUGACUUCGGCUUAUGGGGAAGAUCUGCUGAGCCUGGUAACCCGGUCGGUCUUUGGGGCAGAGUAGCAGAUAAGAGAGAUGAACAAAAAAGACAAAAGUCUAUAGGACUUUGGGGAAGAUCUGCCGACCCACAAAAAAUAGGACUUUGGGGAAGAUAGACCAAAACGAAUUCCAAACACAAAGUAAUUCUUCCAAGUGAACAUAAGAUAAACAACCCUGGACAUAAAUAAUGCGGAAUAAAUUCAUUUUAAUAUACAAAAAAACUCAAUGAACUACAAGUGUUAUUGACAUUUAACUUUUAGUGAUAUGUUGAGUAAGACGAAGUUCGCAUGACAAGUACAUGAUCGAGCUAGUAUAUGAUUCUAUGUCAACUCUUGCAGCAAUAAAGGUCGACCAUUGAUCUUUAUCUCAA